AAACUCCGUUCAGCUCAUGCUCAUUAUUCUGUUCGUUUUACGAAACGUAGGAAUGGUCGCUAAAAGACAGCAUCCGCAAGAAGCCGACAUAGAACAUUGAAAUAGAUUUUUGUAGCUAUGAGGUCGGCUUUUCUGCUAGUAAUAUGGGCAUCUCUUCUACAAAACAUUUCCAGCAGUGUUCAAAAUUACCACAAUUAUUCAGAGAUCUGCGACAAGUUAGACUAUUUGGCGAAAAAAUACUAUAAUGCUAAGCUAUACUCCAUAGGUACCUCAUCAAAAGGCAAAGCACUGCAGGUACUUAAGAUAGGAUCAAAUUCAGAUGAUAUUCCCUUAAUUCCUGAUAUUAAACUUAUUGGUGGCCUUCAUGGUAAUGUACCUAUCGGGACCGAAAUACUUAUUAAAUUAUCAGAGCACCUUUUGGAAAAUUACGGCAUUAAUGAGGAAAUUACGAAAAUCGUCGAUUCAGUCAACAUUCACAUACUGCCGUCCCUCAAUCCGGAUGGUUUUGAACUUGCUAAGGAAGGACUGUGCCAGGAAGGGCCUGGAAGAGGAAAUGCAAAUGGGGCGGACCUUAACAGAAAUUUUCCUUCUGUGCGAUUGCAAGCCAGUGGUGAACAUCAGCCAGAGACGAUAGCUGUUAUGCAAUGGAUGUUGGAGCAACAUUUUAUGCUUUCUUUGACAUUAAACGGAGGUGCUUUGGUCGCCACCUACCCAUAUGAUAUGGGGAAAAAUAACAACUCUAAACGGCCACAUGCACAUCUUACUGAAGAUGAUGAAGAAUUUAAACACUUGGCACGAAAAUACGUUCGGGAGCAUCCUUACAUGGCUGAUAGAUCAUCUUGCCCGUACAAUCCUAACACAUUCGAUAGAGGUAUCGUCAACGGCGCUCAGUGGAUUCCGUUAAAAGGUACUAUGCAAGAUUACAACUAUGACUUUCACGGCUGUUUGGAGCUGAACAUUGCGAUUUCCUGCUGCAAAUAUCCACACCCACAAAAUAUUGAAAAACUGUGGAAAGAUAACAAAAGGGCACUCAUUGAGUUUAUAAAAGAGAGUUACCGUGGUGUGAGAGGGAUUGUCACGCACGACUCUAAACCUGUCAUGGAUGCGACUGUCACAAUUAUUUCAAGGAGUAUGGAAUACAAGACGACGUCUAAAGGAGAAUACUGGCGUUAUCUUCUCCCAGGGAAAUACUAUUUAAAGGUCGAGAAAAACGGUUUCAAAACCGUAACUUCUUCUAUCGUCAUACCUAAACAAGAGGGUUAUCUAGUGCGCAACAUUGAGCUUAAAGAUAAAGAAGUAGACGACUCGGAUGUGUUAGCCCAGUAUGAAUACAGCGAAGAAGAAUUUGUCAAUCCUGUAAAAAAAUUUUCAGAGAAGAAAUUCUUCGAAGUUCUAUUUACAAACGAUCUUAACACUUUGGAACAAGCAGAUGAGUUCAAUUUUAACCCAGAUAUAGAUAUUGAUUCAGGUUUUAAAACAACUGCAAGCAUUAGUAUAAUUGUAUCAAUUCUAAUAGCCCUAAUGCAAAAUUUUGAUUUUCUAUUAUGAAGGCUUUGUUUUCAUGAAAUUUUAUACAUACUUGUAAGGACAUUACUGGGAACUUUUAUUCUCACAAUUGAGACAGCUUUGUAAAUAAAAAAACAUUGAUCCUAUUCAAUGAACAUCGAAGAUUAUUCUUAAUUUAUUACAUUUGGUUGUAUAUUUUUACAUUUUUUUAAAGUUUUUUGUACAU